CUUUCUAACUGUGAUUGUCUCUCCAGUCGACCCGUAAGCGAAUCAGCCUUGACGGUGUGCUCCACCUUCCGUGGCCGAACAGUUGAACAUGUUUUCUGCCACCUCCCUCACACCAGAUUUGGCUCAGCCAGGCCUGCCCUGGCCAUAACAAGUCCGCCGGCGCCAGUACGACUCGCUCAGCCCCAAUUUUACCAUCGCGCAGGCUCUGUUUACGGUAAAGCAAUUUCAUGUGGCUCUCUUUUACACUCUACGCCCGACUACUUCGGCCAAUGUGUUUACAACAUGUCGUGA